GGCAAUGAGCAGGACUCUGGAACAGGACCCUGUCACGGCCUGUCACGCUCCACCCCACCUCCGGUUGCAAAUAUCAUGCUGCUGGUCCUGAGGCUGCUCUGCCUGGCCUGGCUGUGGCCGGUCACCCCGAUCAACAGCGGCCACCUGCCCGGCAGAAGGAGACACAAGGACGUGUACCUGGGGGAGCACGUCAAGAACAGACAUGGAGGGCGAAUAGAUUACAAAAUGAAGAAGUCAGACAGUACAAAGUCCCUUCUGAUCAAAUCGGAGCAGCUUCUCAGAAUAGAGGAACAUGAUUUCGCCAUGCGGCCUGGCUUUGGAGGGUCGGCCAUCCCUGUGGGCAUAGACGUGCAAGUGGAGAGCCUUGACAGCAUUUCAGAGGUCAACAUGGACUUCACCAUGACGCUGUACCUGCGGCACUACUGGCAGGAUGAGCGCCUGGCGUUCCCCUCCAGUAGCAACAAGAGUCGCACCUUUGACGCGCGGCUGGUGAAGAAGAUCUGGGUGCCUGAUGUCUUCUUCGUCCACUCGAAGCGCUCCUUCAUCCAUGACACCACCAUGGAGAACAUCAUGCUGAGAGUGUACCCCGAUGGCAACAUCCUGUACAGCGUAAGGAUCACAGUCACUGCUCUGUGCUCCAUGGAUUUCAGCAGGUUCCCCUUGGACAAACAGAACUGCUCCCUGGAGCUUGAAAGCUAUGCAUAUAACGAGAAUGACUUAAUGCUCUACUGGAAGAAUGGGAACGAUUCCUUAAGGACUGAUGAGAUUGUGCUCUCUCAGUUUUUUAUCGAAGAUUUCAAUCCUUCCUACGGGCUCGCCUUCUACAGCAGUACAGGCUGGUAUAAUCGGCUCUACAUAAACUUCCUCCUCAGAAGACACAUCUUCUUCUUCAUGCUGCAGACAUAUUUUCCCACCAUGCUCAUGGUGAUGCUGUCGUGGGUGUCCUUCUGGAUUGACAGGAGGGCCGUCCCGGCACGGGUCUCUCUUGGUAUAACCACGGUGCUGACCAUGUCCACUAUAAUCACGGGCGUAUCGUCCUCCAUGCCCCAAGUGUCAUAUGUAAAAGCUGUGGACAUCUACCUGUGGACCAGCUUCCUCUUCGUCUUCCUCUCUGUCAUCGAGUAUGCAGCGGUCAACUACUUCACUACCGUAGAGGAGAUGAAGAAACUCCAGAGGGGACAGCUCCCUACGUCUUUCAAUGCCACGCAGGCCAUGGCCUUCGACGGCUGCUUCCAUGACGACGAAAUCAACCUCAACCCCUUUCCGGAGAUACCUGCCUCCCCUCCAGAUCAGCAGCCAGUCCCGCAGAACUCAGCUGAGGCUCCGCCCACUGAGGGGACCAGGCUGCGCCGCAAACGCACAAUUAGAAAAAACAUUGAAUUCAUCAUGAGCAACAGCUACAUGAUUGACUCUUACUCCCGUGUCCUCUUCCCUGUGGCUUAUCUGCUCUUCAACAUCAUCUACUGGAGCAUGUACUCUUAAACAUUUUGCCUUUUGAACAGAGGAACGAGGCACCCAAAGAACCACAAUGGCAGUAUUCCUGAGCAAAACCCUAGUAUUUCUAAAAUCAUUGGUACUCCUAAAAAAAAAAACACUCGUACGAAACAUAAUACCAGUAUUCCUAAAAAAGGCAGCACUCCUAAAACCAA